CAAGAAAUUGUAUAAGCACUGAUUACACCUCUUCAAAGGACCAAACACUAUUAAACUAUUAAUGAACGAUGCAGGAUUCAUCACGCCACUCUACUGUGCUGUGACCUGGGGUCAUGUGGCAAUAGUGAGACUACUGCUGGAGAGGAGAGCUGAUCCUAACCUCUGCGUAAAGAAUGGGUUCAGUGUUCUGAAUUCAGCCAGCCUGAAAGGUUACACUGAAAUAGUGGACCUACUAGUCCAUGCAGGAGCUGACAUCCACCUGGCCAGCUCUGAUUGUGGGUUGUUUCCUCUGGAGCUAGCUGCC